CAUUGAGCUCAUGUUUUUGAUUCUCUGCAACAGACGGAGCGGUGUCUGUGUCUAGGGUUUUCCUCUCUUGCCCCGGAUUUCAAUUCAGACAGCCGCUGUUGCCGACGUCAUUCCAUGACCCCCAGCGUCAUGAAGCUCACCGUCAAGACUUUGAAAGGAAGUCAUUUCGACAUCAGGGUUCAACCUUCAGACACUAUUAGCUGAAAUUUCACCUUUUCCCCUUGAAGGUCAUGGCUGUGAAGAAGAAUAUAGAAGAUGUACAAGGAAAAGAUAAUUACCCAUGUGGACAGCAGUUGCUUAUUUUUAAUGGCAAGGUUUUGAAAGAUGAAACUACACUAGCGGAGAACCAGGUCGCUGAAAAUGGAUUUCUUGUUGUCAUGCUUAGCAAGAGUAAAACUUCAAGUUCAUCCGGGGCUUCAUCCACUCAGCCUAUUAACAAUCAAUGUUCAACUACGUCAACCCAAAAUUCCACUCCUCCUAUACCUGAACCCGAACCCGAACUUGCAGUACAAAGUACUCAGGCUACAAUAAACAAUUCAUCAGGGGCAAACGUCAUAGCUACAAAUGUGCCUGUGGAUACUUAUGGCCAGGCUGCUUCAAAUUUAGCUGUUGGUGGUGAUCUUGAGCGGACUAUUCAACAAAUCAUGGACAUGGGAGGUGGCAACUGGGACAGAGAGACAGUUAUACGUGCUCUUCGGGCAGCUUAUAAUAACCCAGAGCGUGCUGUGGAUUACUUGUAUUCUGGAAUCCCUGAAGCAGCAGAGGUUGCCAUGCCGGUUCCUCAUUACCCAGUCAGUCAGACAACUGAAACAGGUGGGGCCACUGCUGGAGGUGUUUCCGGGGCACCUAAUACUUCACCAUUAAACAUGUUUCCACAGGAGACAAUUUCUGGUGCUGGAGCUGGACUUGGAUCUCUGGAAUUCCUUAGAAAUAACCCGCAGUUUCAAGCAUUGCGAUCAAUGGUACAUUCUAAUCCUCAAAUUCUGCAGCCUGUACUUCAAGAGCUUGGAAAGCAGAAUCCUCAUCUAUUAAGACUUAUUCAGGAGCAUCAUGCUGAAUUUCUCCAGUUAAUGAAUGAACCCAUGGAAGGUUCUGAAGGUGACAUAUUUGACCAGCCUGAGCAAGAUAUGCCUCAUUCCAUCAAUGUGACUCCAGCGGAACAGGAGGCAAUUGGAAGGCUCGAAGCAAUGGGAUUUGAUAGAGCCUCAGUCAUAGAGGCAUUUUUGGCAUGUGACCGUGAUGAGCAAUUGGCAGCCAACUACUUACUUGAGAAUGCUGGAGAUUUUGAGGAUUGAAUCACUAACACUGAUUUUCAGUUUUCUUCUUCCAAAUGUGUCUUCCUCGGCAAAUUGAAUCAGGAAGAGUUUGUACUUGGAUGAUCCACUUGUUUUCACUGAAUCAGUUUGAGUAUUGCAAGUGGUUUUAGAAUCCAGUUUCUAUGACAGAAGGCUCAAGGUGUCUUCCCUGAGAAAUAACCAAGGUCAAAACUGAUGUUGAUAAUUAUGAUUUUAUGCAUUAACUCAUUAGCAUUAACUUUGUGUAUUGCAGUUUGUGCUACAGCUUUUUUUAAUUUGAUCAUGUAUUUUUCCCUCUUUGUUGUUUCCGUUAGUCGAAAGGGGUAUUUAUUGGAUUGUAUUGCUGCUGAGUAAUCCUAUGCUUGAUUUCACGUGGCCCA